AAGUCUAUGAAAACUGGGCUACGUGCUUUGCUAUGCUCGCUUGUCCUAGGCAUCGUUUAUAGCGCCCGCGUAUGUAUGCUGGUAGAUGAGAUAGGGGUUUUCACCUGAAAUAGAAGAAGGCAGCAGACGACGGCCGGCGUGCGGCGUGGCCUCGGCGUUGGGGAGCGGCGGCCGCUGACGGUGAUUCCCUUUUACUUUUCUGGACUCGUGGCCGAGAGCGCCAGCGACAGACCGACGAGCUGCUGCCGCCGGUGCCCUCCGACCGCCCCCGCGCAGAUUCAGAUAGAUCGACCGACCGGAGCCAUGCCUCUCCCCGCGAACCUUGUAAUGGGGUCCGCCUUCGUCGCGCUCGGCGUCACGCUCCUCGCCGGCUUCCUCUACGUCGCCGUCUGGUCCAAGGCCCUCGCGCCGUCCGACAACUGGUUCUUGCUCGCCGUUCAGAACGACAGGUAUUACUGCUUGCUUGUGCCCCUGACGGUCCCUGUCAUAAUCGUGGCUGUGUACCUGCAUUGGCUGAGCAUGAAGAUGUUCAAGCAUGCGUGAGGAGUAGCCGUGCUAAACAAAAUCCAUGUUGAUGAGAAUCAUCGUAGGCAUCAUGAGUUCAUCACGGUUUAUUUUUUUUGCGGGGGAUGAGUUCAACACACUUGAGAUUGCAAUAUUUUUCUUUAUAUAAGACAAAUUUCCUAGUGACUUUUUUCUUC